AUGUACUUGCUAAGUCAAUUUCUCUUUUGGAUUUCUUUCGUCCAUAUAUCAACUCAGGGUUUUAAGAAACCAAGUUUUCACCUUAUUAGCAACACGAGUUUUGCUGUUAGGAAUGAAUCUACAUUAAAUCAAACGCGUGACAGCAUUAUAUUUCCGGAUCAUAUUUUUAGUUCAAAUUUUUUAUUUGUACCGAAAAUCACGGAGAAGUGCAAAAGGCUGGGUAUUUGCGAAGACAUUCCUAAUUAUCCUGAACAGCAUAUCGAACGACUGUUGGAAAGGAGGAAAAUAUACAAUCGGACAAAAAUUAACGUAGUAAGUGACGUUCUGAAACCCAAAUCCGGCCUAAAGUUUGGACACGAAGAAGACUUUUUGGAACUGUGUAAAUCUACAGAAAGGCUUGUCGCACCUCGAGCGGCGAAAGAUAUUAAUAACAAGUGGUAUUUUAUCUUGAAUAGAGAGAAGGAACCACAACAAAAGUUCCGAGUGGAAAUCUGCGCGAAACAGAGUGCACCAUGCUCCCCUGUUGCUCACUUUGCUCAAGGUUAUCGUGGGAGGUGUAUUCAGAAAUACGUGCUGCGUAUAAUGACAGCCAUAGAUAAGUACGUAGUAUCCCAAGCAAAUAUGUCUUCUGGAAGUGCUGAAGCAGGCAUAUACUCUGUGGCCUAUGUGACAGUUCCCAGCACAGAUGUGGGCAAGACAAUUGGAAAUGGACUGGUUAAGAAUAAGCUUGCUGCUUGCGUUAAUAUUAUACCCCAAAUCACAUCUAUAUAUGAGUGGAAGGGAGAGAUUAAUGAAGACAGUGAGGCACUGUUAAUGAUUAAAACACGUACAUCACUAGUGGACAAACUGACAGAGUUUGUGCGUGCCAACCAUCCAUAUGAAGUCUGCGAAGUGAUAUCAUUACCAAUAAAAAAUGGUAACCCACCAUACUUGAAAUGGAUUGGUGAUACUGUUAUGGAGAAUUGA